GUUUGCUGAAGGCUCAUCAUGUCGUCGACGACAGCUCCGAGUAGCUCCACCCAGAAGCUCGCCUCUCCGGGAUUCAACGCCGGCGCCAGACCAUACAGGUCACAUAAGGUCAGGGCAUGUGAUCUGUGCAGGAAGCGCAAGUCUCGGUGCACUGUGGAUAUACCCGGCCAAUCGUGUCUGCUGUGUCGCGUGCAGGGCGCCGAUUGCCACUACCAGGAGGAUUCCAGCCAGGAUGCUCCACUCUCAGACGGCCAUGACACAAAACGCUGGUCCGCAGAUCCGGCGCAAGUGUCGACUGUUGGUCAGAAGCGUAAGCGCAGCUCAGAAGUCGGCUCCCCGGCCAGUGGCAGCCGCCCACGGGCAUCCAGUGUUCCCCAGACAGACUCAGUCGGUGGCCAUCGAGGAAGCGAGUCCAGAUUCGAUGAUCCUCACAAUGAGUCUGUCCUCAUUGUUGGGCCUGUGGUGGCUGACGACGCCCAAGUGAUUGAGAAGUACAUGCCCACCGAGCGGACGAGCAAGUCCGUAGAACCGAAGAACAAUACGUAUAAUGUCUACUCGAGCGAUCCAAGGAAGCCCAUUCUGUACACGACUGUUUCGAGACGAAGACAGGGAAUGCGCGUUGGUAUUCCGCCAGGAGAGAAUCAGAAAGAAAUCCUGGAGCAGAUCUUAGGACCUUUCAAGCACGACCUAGUUAGACUGUUCAUUGACAGGUUCAACGCUGCGUUCCCCAUCUUCGAUGGAGAAAGCUUUUGGGAGGCUUUUAUUUCUGAGACUCCGGGGGACCCGCCAGCCUCUCUUUUGUGUCAGGUGUAUUCGAUGUCUUUAGUGUAUUGGAAGCACACUCCCAAGCUGGCGUGUCAUCCAAAACCAGACGUCCGUUACGCGGUCAACAUGACUGUGGCCGCUCUACACGAGGAAUUCUCCGCCCCUGGUCUGUCUACCAUAAGCGCCGCUCUUAUUGAUUUGACCGGUCGCCCGAUCUUCUCCAUGACUGGAAAUGCGAUCAGUAGCGGCCGUAUGGUCUCCCUUGCACACUGUCUCGGACUCAAUCGCGACCCUAGUCAUUGGAAACUGUCCCCAGCUGAAAAGAAUCAUCGCAUGCGCUUAUGGUGGGGAGUGGUCAUCCACGAUCGAUGGGGGAGCUUCGGUCACGGUGUACCGCCACAGAUCGCAAAGAAUCAGUACGAUGUCCCUCUUCCGACAAUCGACGUACUUAUACCACCAGCAUCUCGCACCCCUGAACGCGUCCGAGCCGCGCAUUGCCACAUCGCGCUGUGCCAAUUGACGGAGAUUCUGGGCGAGCUACUGCCCCUUGUCUACGGUCUUCAGCACCGGUUCGCGCGCGAAACCACUAAGAAAGUGAGACAGAUCCGGACGGACCUCGAUGUCUGGGAGGACUCGCUGCCUGACUGGCUGAGAAACCCUCCACGUACCUCUGAGGGACGCAUCUCCGGCACAAGCAGUCUUCAGCUAGCGUUCCUAGCUGUUAAGAUGCUAGUGAGCCGGGUGGAAUUGAACGAGGUCAACAACUCGGAGACCGAAAACCCGGAAGCACGCCGGUAUUUCCAGACUGAAUGCCGCAAAUCGGCGGAGGAGAUAGUACAAUUCAUCUCCUCCCUUCGAAAGGAGAAUUUCCAAGAAUUCUGGCUACCAUACAGCGCAUUCCACCUCACCACGACUGCGACGCUUCUCGUCCGCUGCGCCCUCGAAACCACCGACAGCGAAGUCGCGCGGUCCUGCCUCACCAACGUCGAGACCUUCCGCGCCAUCCUGCGCCGCGUCCGCGAGGACGAGGACUGGGACGUCGCCGACAUGUGCCUGGACCACUGCGAACGGCUCCUCAGCCGCCUAGCGGCGCCCCCGGGCAGCGGCGGCGCCGGCGCCGGCGGUGGUGCCACCAACCCCGACACGACGUUCAGCCAGGUCAUCGGCCUGGGCGGCGGCAUGUUGGGCGGCGGCAGCGCAGGCGGCGCAGGCGGCGCGUCCGACCACCCGGGGGCCACAGGCCGUCUCGUCAACCCGGCGGCCAUCUCGCUCCCCGAGACGCAGACCAACAAUGACAUCGUCGACGACAUGAUGUCCAUCUCCGGCACGUUCGGCACCAUGGACGGCUUUCCCUUCGAUAUGACGGGCAUCUGGGACGUGUCUGUCUUCCAGGACGUCAACCUAUCGUAAAAGCCCGCAAAACAAAAUAAUCCUUGAACAAGGCAACAUAACCGUAAUAUUCUGUGUAACCAAUCACCCCAGGUUCUCAUUGACUUUGUUUCAAUGAUCUCUAUCAAAUCAUGCUCAUUUUUCAACGAGAGUAUGGAUACCCACUUCUCCCUUUCGACUACUUGAUCUUUUCC